GCAACACUUCUAAUUAUGGAAGUUAUGGACAACUCUGAUGAGUUGGAUCAGUCUCAUGAGAGGGAGAGGCUGAAGAUGAGAAUUGCUGUUUUGGAGGAGAGUGUGAAGUCCUGUGAGGUGGAGUGUAAAGCCAGCAGAGAGACGGUGCUGAGGUUGGUGUCAGAGCUGGACCGAGAGAGGAGGAAGGCUGCCAGCAGUGCAGCAGCACUUGAUUCACUCAAAGGGGAGUUGGACGGCCUGGUGGAGGGACGGAGGAGUGUUGAGAUGGAGAGGGGAACCCUAAUGGAGAGGAUCGAUGCCAGCAGGAGAGUCAUCGAUGCAGCGAGGAGAGAGUCCAGUUAUUUGGAAAAACAGGUGGAGGAGCUUGAAAGAAAACUCCAGUCAAGCCAAGGAGAGAUGCUGGCAGCUGAGGAGAAACUGCAGAUGUUCCUGAAAAAGGUGGCAGACCUGCUGCAGGGGAAGGCUGACAAUGUCAUCUUUCCCACAGAGAAAGAUGUUUUACACAAACUUGAUAAUCUCUGCAAUAAGUCUUUGUCAGAGAUGGAGGCCCGGCUGUGUCAUUUCUCUGAGGAGCUGAGCGAGCAGACGGAGCUGCAGCACAGUGCACUGCAGAGGGCUCAGCUUGCAGAGAAGCAAGUCCAGGACCUGAGGGAGAGACUGCAAGGUCUGGAGACUGAGCUGUUAGCAGCAGACAUGCAUCGAGACGGGCUAAGACUCAGCGAACAGCAUUAUGAAGAGUUCCUGGAUAAGCUGUCAGAGACGAUGAAGGUCGACCGCAUGGCUGUGGAUCUUGGCUUCGACAUGAGGCAAAAACUCAUCCUGUCACGUGCAGAGCAGCUUGUCAAACAAGAGACAACUGCUUUGCUGGAGAGCAAAAGUCUGACAUACAGUCUGCAGAGAAAAUUUAAGUCGCAGAAAGACCAACUAGAGAGCAAAGGACUCCACAUCCAGCUCCUGAGGAAGAAGGUGUCAGAGCUGGAGGAGGAGAAGAGAAGCCGAUCCGCGUUGGCUGUGCAACGAGAUGAUGCUCAUCUGGAGGCCAGGAAGCUGCAGAAAAAACUGGAGCGUCUCCAAGGCGAGCUGAGGGCUACCAAGGUGUCCAACACUGAGCUCAAGGCCCAGCUGUCCCACACCAAUGAGCUUAAGUUGAAAGUCCUGGAUCAGAGUCAGACCCUGCAGGAGCAGAAAAAGAGGAUGGAUCAGCUGGUGGACGGGAAGGCCAAGGUGGAGAAGAAGCUGAACACAGUGAGCUCAGGCGUGCAGAGCCAAGAGAAGAAGAGCAGAGAGGCCCAGCAGCAAAUCAGCACCCUCAGACAGAGCCUGACGCAGCUGUCUGAGAGGGAGAGAGAGUUGGUGGAUUUCCGGAUGGUAGUUUCCCGGAUGUUGGGUCUGGAUGCUGCAGCUCUAGCUGUUCCAAAUUAUGAAAUCAUCAAAUCACUGGAGAACCUUCUUCAAACUCACCAUCACCAUCAGCACCUUCUUCAUCAUGUUAACACGCCGUGGCUCUGUCCGACUCACCAGAGGCUUCACCUGCCCAAAAUUCAGGACCUUCCUGUCAACUCCUCAUUUGAUCUUCCCACCUGCAGGUCUGCAGUUCCCCUUCAUCAACCCUAGAUUUAUACAUCAUACUUAAAGCCAAACUGCACUUGAAAUGC